GUGCCGCGGAGUUGGAGCGGGGCCGGCGCCGCGGUCGCUUCUCUUUGCUGAGGUACUGCCGCCGCCGGGCGGACGGGCGGACGCGCGGAGCUGGGGGCGGCGCGGCGGGGCCGGCGGGGCGCGGCGGGGCUGACCGGCCCCGAUGAGGCGGAAGGAGAAGCGGCUUCUGCAGGCGGUGGCGCUGGUGCUGGCGGCCCUGGUCCUUCUGCCCAACGUGGGGCUCUGGGCGCUGUACCGCGAGCGGCAGCCCGACGGCACACCCGGGGGAUCCGGAGCAGCGGUGGCCCCGGCGGCCGGACAGCAAGUCACCAAGCCUGCCCAGAUUCAGAAGCUGGGGAAACAGACUCCAUCUCUCGGUGGGAGGAGCCAGAGGAUCCCACUGCAAAGGGGCUCACACAAUCAGCAGAAGAAGACCUUUUUCUUGGGAGAUGGGCAGAAGCUGAAGGACUGGCACGACAAAGAAGCCAUCAAGAGGGAUGCUCAGCGUGUAGGAAACGGAGAACAAGGGAGGCCCUUCCCCAUGACCGAUGCUGAGAGAGUGGACCAGGCAUACCGAGAAAAUGGAUUUAACAUUUACGUCAGUGAUAAAAUCUCCCUGAAUCGCUCUCUCCCUGAUAUUCGGCACCCAAACUGCAACAGCAAACGCUACCUGGAGACGCUCCCCAACACCAGCAUCAUCAUCCCCUUCCACAACGAGGGCUGGUCCUCCCUCCUCCGCACCGUUCACAGCGUGCUGAACCGCUCGCCCCCGGAGCUGAUCGCCGAGAUUGUCCUGGUGGACGACUUCAGUGACCGAGAGCACCUGAAGAAACCACUUGAAGACUACAUGGCCCUUUUCCCCAGCGUGAGGAUUCUCCGAACCAAGAAACGGGAAGGGCUGAUAAGGACCCGGAUGCUGGGGGCCUCAGCAGCAACUGGGGAUGUCAUCACAUUCUUGGACUCCCACUGUGAAGCCAAUGUCAACUGGCUCCCCCCCUUGCUCGACCGCAUUGCUCGGAACCGCAAGACCAUUGUGUGCCCAAUGAUCGAUGUGAUUGACCACGAUGACUUCCGGUAUGAGACGCAGGCGGGGGAUGCCAUGCGGGGCGCCUUUGACUGGGAGAUGUACUAUAAGCGGAUCCCGAUCCCUCCAGAACUGCAGAAAGCUGACCCCAGCGACCCAUUUGAGUCUCCCGUGAUGGCCGGCGGACUGUUCGCCGUGGAUCGGAAGUGGUUCUGGGAGCUGGGCGGGUACGACCCAGGCUUGGAGAUCUGGGGAGGGGAGCAGUACGAAAUCUCGUUCAAGGUGUGGAUGUGUGGAGGCCGCAUGGAGGACAUUCCCUGCUCCAGGGUGGGCCAUAUCUACAGGAAGUACGUGCCCUACAAGGUCCCCGCCGGAGUCAGCCUGGCCCGGAACCUGAAGCGAGUGGCAGAGGUGUGGAUGGAUGAAUACGCGGAGCACAUUUACCAGCGCCGGCCCGAGUACCGCCACCUCUCCGCUGGAGAUGUAACUGCCCAGAAAAAGCUCCGCAGCUCCCUUAACUGCAAGAGUUUCAAGUGGUUUAUGAUCAAGAUCGCCUGGGACCUGCCCAAAUUCUACCCACCUGUGGAGCCCCCGGCCGCAGCGUGGGGUGAGAUCCGCAAUGUGGGCACAGGGCUGUGUGCAGACACGAAGCAUGGGGCCCUGGGCUCCCCACUGAGGCUGGAGAGCUGCGUCCGGGGCCGAGGGGAGGCCGCCUGGAACAACAUGCAGGUGUUCACCUUCACCUGGAGAGAGGACAUCCGGCCUGGAGACCCCCAGCACACCAAGAAGUUCUGCUUCGACGCCAUCUCCCACACCAGCCCCGUCACCCUCUACGACUGCCACAGCAUGAAGGGCAACCAGCUGUGGAAGUACCGCAAAGACCAGACCCUGUAUCACCCCGUCAGCGGCAGUUGCAUGGACUGCAGUGAACGUGACCACAGGAUCUUCAUGAACACCUGCAACCCCUCCUCUCCCACUCAGCAGUGGCUGUUUGAACACACCAACUCAACAGUCUUGGAAAAAUUCAAUAGCAACUGAGCCUUCACGUUCCCAUGGCAGGCCUGGCAGGGUCCUCUCCGGCAUUCACUGCAGCCUCCCUCUCCCAGGAGAGGCAGGGCUUCUGCGGACUCCAUCACAUAAAAGCUGCUGGCCAGCCGGGCCAGGGCAGAGGGGGCGCUUGAAGCUGGGCCAGGUGUCUGCCUGGCCCUGCAGGCCCCGAGUGGUGGAGGCGGGAUAGAGAGCAGACCCCACAAGAGGCCCCGCUCAAGAGCAGAGCCUGCUGCACCCCUGGCGGCAUCAUGGAAAUCCAGGAGAGCCUUUUCAACUUUGUCACCACGUUCCCUUGAGCAUUAUGCGGGAGGACUGCCAGGGCAGCCCUAGACCACCCUAAAAUGAGUCCUCCGAGGCUGCCUAGCCUUCAGGUGGCUCAUACAUGACAGUCCUGCAGAGAGAGAGACAAAUUCUGUCUGUAGGGGGGCAGCUUUUAGUACCAGUGCCACCCAUCUGCAGCAGAAGGGAAAAAGUCUUUCUUAGGGCCACUGGUUUCAGCUUUUGAAUUUUUGCCUGCCCAGCGUCUGUUCUCUGUCACAGCCCCAGGAGAUGCAGUCGAAAGCCAUGCCUCGGGCCCUCCGAGUGUUCAGUACUGACCACUGGCCAACUGCCAGGCCUGGGGGCAGCAGCGUGACCCGCAGAUAUUCCUUUGCAGCCGUGGACAGACGGGAUGUCUCCCCUUGCUCUCAGGGUACUCGAAAUGCCCAUUUUAGUGCUCUCCGGGCACAAGGACAGCCCAGCCACCAGCUUUUCAGGACUGUGUUUCAGAUGGCCUUGGGCCUGUGGCACGGGCCCAGUAAAAGACCUCCAAACUAGAAAUUCUGGCUGAAUUUCCCUCAUCAGUGCUUCCAUCUCUCUCUCCCUCUCUCUCUCCCUCUCUCUCUCUCUCUCUCUCUCUCUCUCUCUCUCUCUCUCUCUCUCGGCCAAUUGCCUGCCUCAGGAGAGGAACAGAGGUGUGAGGUCCGGAGGCCCCCAGGGUGGACCGUGGGCACGAUGCCUAGCCUCUGACUCAUCGUGGUUCUGGUUCUCAUAUGGAAUUCUAGAAUUUUUAAAGAACUCUGUACUGUGAUCACAAACUAGAAUGCCACAUAGGAUUCUGGUAUUCUAGCAUCCAAUAUGGAUUUCUAGGAUGCUGUGAUUAGCCAGCCAAGUGUAAAACAUUCGAGGCAGCCCCCAGCCUAGAGACAAUCUGUGAAGUCCAAGGUUGGUGGUGCUGGGGGAGGGGGCAGGGGACCUGUGUCCAUCAGCUCUUACCGGAGGCCUUGGUGUGACACAGGUCCUCAGCCCAGACCUGAAGCCCUGCCACCUGCCACCAUGGUCACAGCUGCAGUGGAGAACAGAUCCCAGUGUCCCAUGAACAGACGUGCACCUAGCUCCAUGCCGGUCCUUUGUGUUUACCUUUUGCUUUGUUAAUUAUGUGUCAGCCUCCCAGAGGGCUCCCAAACUAAUAGGAAGUGUUUCUGUAACCAGCCUGCCACCCACUGAUUCAGAAAUGGAAAUCGCAGUCUACAGCCCACGGCUUCUGCCAGCUAGCCCAGGAAGUCCUUGAAUCAGUAUUCCAAUUAGAGUCGAGCCUCUCGAUUGUGUUAUUUACCAAUGAAAUAACUGAGACAUAAAUCUGGGAGCAGAGCCACGAAUCUGCCUUUGAGAUGCUGGCUGAUCUCAAGGCUGUCAAUUAUCUGGGGAGGGAAGUAAACACUCCCGGCCACCACCACCCCGAUUAAGCGUGCAGCGGGCAAAGUGUCACUUCCACUUCUGCCUCAGCACAAGCCCUGCUCUGGCCACCUGCCCGCAGGAGAGGCGGCCCCGUGCUUACAAAGCCUGCUUGUCGAUCCCUGGUGUCUUUUCCAAGGGAGUCUGUAUCUUUAGAAGUGGCCCUCUGAGGGAAGGAGUCAAAGAUGAGACCCAUUCCAGAAUCUAGGAUAACAAGAGUGUCGCAAUUUGGGAGAACUGAGUUAGGAUUCAUCAUCAGAGAGUAAUUCAGCAUCAUUAAAAUAAAAACUGUGCCUUUUAAAAAGAAAAAAUGCAAAUGUACAGCCAAUCCCUAAACUUGAAUCAUUUCCUAGUGCCUUGCUAGACAUAAAGGGACGGGGUUGGGGGGGAGGGGAAACAUUUUUGGUGGUGUGUGCAGUUCCUGUUGGAUGAGUGUGUGUGUCUUAAUGUCUAAUUUCAAGCAGGAGGCGUUGGGCCUAGAGCAGGAUCUGAGACAGCAAUGCCUCCCAAGGGCCAGAUGCCAGAAGUUAUUCCGUUUAAUGCAAGUAACACCCCAAAUUUAAAGGGUGACUGGAUGGCUCGUUUAGUCUGUGGCCAAGAAGGGCCUCAGCAGCCCCUGGGAGAGGGCCCUGUUUGGAAGCCACGCCUGCAGCCCCCAAUCCCACGCCCAGGUGGCGUGCGGAGCACUGGCUAGGUUUCCAAAUGGUCCCACUCCAAGUGGGUGACAGGACGCAUGUGGAAAGCAGGAGCAGCGGCAAGCAGUCCUCAGUCGUCCUCUUUUCCAUCCUUUGGUUCUCCUUUUGAGUCUGGUUUUGCACCCUCAACAAGGGAUGGGCAGGUCCUCCGAGCACUCUGGCAUUUGUAAUUGCUGAGCCCACAUCUGUAGGUGCCGAGACUUGACAUAGCCUGUAAUCAAGGAAGGAAGGAGAGAAGUCCAUUUGUUAACUGGCCAACUGAACGCACAUACUAGCCACCCAUUGUUCUGUCUUCAUUUUGGAAAACCACCUGGCUCGAGGAUCCAGGUCCCUGCUCCACCCCGGCUGAUGGUCAGUCAAACAGCCAGGAGCCUGUGGAGGUGCUGUCAGCCAGGUAAUGUGUGAGAAUGUGGACCCUUUUUCCUUUAAAGCCUUUCUUCUGAGCAUGAGGUCACAAAACAGGGUAUGGCUAGGAAGUAUCAUGCCUGUGUGGCCCACCAGCAGCCUUUCCAAAGGGGGACUCCAGAAACAUUUUGGAAUGCAGAGAGCAUCUUCACUGUCAGUACAAGGCCUUGGAGGAGGUGGCUAAGCGUGCAGGCACAUGUGUGAAAAGCCAUUCCACCUUGUGCUUCCAGUUGGAGCUUUCAACUUUUAAAACCGUCCAGGAGCUAUCAGUUCCCUAUUUUUGGAAGAAAUAGCUCAGAGGCAGAAGGGAGUACAUCCACAAAAGAGAUCUAAUGGGAGAUACAACCUUAGGACCUGGGGAGGAAGAGCCGUUCUUGUUGAAGAUGUAGUUCUUGUUGAAUCUUGUUGGAUUCCCAAAGUCCACAUUAUAUUCGCCACCUGUUGAAUUUCUUUUUCUCCUUAAGAAAUAGGUGAUGUGCUUGAAGAUGACACCAUAUUUCUUUCUGUGCAUCUCUACUUUUCGUCUCUGAAGUUUCAAAAGAGUGGCGAAGCACUUUACAGCAGUAACUGAGAAAUCUGGACUCCUUGCUUCAGGGAUCCCUUGUUUGCACAGAUUGGGUGAUCCUUUGUAAUUCUUAGAAGGCAAUGCAUUUUUAAUUAAGUUUUCUGAAGAUUUCUAAGUGUGGGAGAAGGGCAAGGAGUGAGUUCUGUCCUGGAAUUCUUUUCUGCUUUCAACUGAUGCAUUUUUUAUGAAAAUCCAAGUAAUAUGUUUGUUCAAACUUGAUCUUGAGCCAAGGCCCACUGUCACCUUUGGGGUGGGAGUUGGGCCUACAUUCCAAGCGACAAGGUCCUCUUAACAUCCACUCCCAAAAUGGCUUUGAUUCAGCCAUGCCAGCCCACAAGGUCAGGGUCCUGCUCUGUUACAGGCUUGAAGGUGGAUCCCAAAGGGAUUCCAAGCAAGGAAUAUUUGAGAAGUCAGACCUGGAAUUCCAUAGAGAAAGCUCAAGACCACCAACCUCUCAUCUCCUGCCUGGAAAAGUGAGCCUUUGUGAAGACCUGACUUACCAUGUACAACUGUGAUUGUGACUGUUGUUGAGUAAACCUCCAGACUUUUUCUCUAA